AUGGCGCUGUGGAUGGAUGCUGGGUCGGAGCCGAUGACGGAGAACGAGAAGGCUGAUCUCGAAGCUAUUUCUGCUAUCAAAGAAUCCGCCGCCGUCGAAUUUAAAGAACAGGGAAAUGAAUGUGUGAGGAAAGGGAAGAAGCAUUACUCUGAGGCGGUUGAUUUCUACACGAAAGCCAUUAAUCAGGGAAUUCUAAGUGACUCAGAGACUUCAAUCUUGUUCUCGAAUCGAGCCCAUGUUAAUCUUCUCUUAGGAAACUAUCGGCGAGCCCUCACAGAUGCUGAGGAAGCAAUCAGGCUAUCCCCGGAUAACAAUAAGGCGGUGUAUCGAGCUGCAAAGGCAUCAAUGUCACUGGAUUUGCUGAACGAAGCAAUAUCCUACUGCGAAAAGGGAAUCGAAAAUGACCCGAGCAACGAGGACAUGAAGAAGCUUCUAAAACAGGUGAAUUCAAAGAAGCAAGAGAAAGAACAACAUGAGGCUCAAGUCUCAAAGGCUGUAACGGAAGCCAAGGCUUGUCUCUCUGCUUUUGAAAACAGAGGAGUGAAGAUUGGGAAAGCAAUGUACAGAGAACUCACGGGUUUGAAGAAGCCAGUGUUAGAUAAAAACAACAUCCUGCAUUGGCCUGUCCUGCUUCUUUACGCAGAGGCCAUGACAAAGGAUAGUCCGCCGCUGCCUUGGGAUAAACACAAUGACUACACACGCGAUGUCAUUGAGCUUUACUACGAGGCGAGUUCGGGAACUCCAUUGCCUAGUAGUAGAGUUCUCCAGUAUCUUCUAGAAGGUACAAAAGGAUCUCAAGCCGUUACCACCGGAGAUGAGGACACUAGCUUAACCAAGACAGCCCCCAAACUGAAAGGAAGAGGUUCGUCGGGUAUGGUUAAAGUGAACGAAAGAAGAACAUUGCAUGACGUUUUAAAAGAACCUAACUUUGUCAUCCCUGAGAUUCCAGUUUUCUACAUCGUAUCGAAAAGGUCCAAAAUCUACAAGGACUUUGUUGCCGGAAAGUGGAAUCCAACAGCUUAA